CGCACAAUUCUUCUAUACAUAUUUCCACAAAUAUCAUGCUGCACAAGACAAAUCAGAUCAAAAAGGAAAAUAAGAAAGAAAACAAAAUGAAGCAUACUUUUAAAAAAAGUUUAUCUUUCUUGCCUUUUUUUUUUUUGCAAUGUAACUAAUAUGGAAAUGUUUUGCAUGACUUCACAUGUAUAACUCAUAGGUUGCUUGUCUUUUCAAGGAGGGAGAGAAUUUGGAACUCAAAAUUUUAAAAAAUGUUAAAAGUAAUAAUUAAAAAAUAAAACGUUGUUUGAGCUCUGCAGGAAUGCAUCAGAAGACUCAGGAAUGAAAUCAUCACCUGGUGACUAGACUAACCACGACAUUCAUGAUAAAUUAAUAAUCAUAUUAAAUCAUUUGCAUAGUGUUCAAGGUUGGCAAAGUGCUCUGCUUGCAUUAUUGCAGUUAAGCGCCACAACACCCCCGAGAGUGGCUGCCCAACCCCUAAGAACAGCUGUGAUGGACAGCGUCCUUGGGCGUGCAAAGGGCUUGACUGACCUGGGUGUGAUUUUAUUUGAGUUUCAGAACUACCUUGGGAGGUAGGCGGUAUUUCUUUCGCCAUUUUACAGAUGUGGAAACUGAGACCCGAAGAGCGUCAGCGUCUUGCACAGAAUCCCAGCGGUCAAGUGGCAAUAAUGGAAUUCGAACUCGCGGCUUCUCAGGGACAUAGGACAAAUUAGCUCUUACAUGAAUGAACCUCCAGAGGCAACCGGAGGGAGAAAAGCGUGAAAAUACCCGCUCCUUACGUACGCCCCGCCCCCGGGUGAUAUUUACAAAAACGACGAGAGCUUGCUCCUCCUUCCUCUCGCCCCUUCUCUGUCUCCUCCAAUCAGAUUAUAGAUCCACUUCCGAGCCCUGGAACGGUUGCCAUAACAACAGACUCUAGGUUCUGUGCCCCUGCUGUACUCCAGCUGACGGCUUCUCCUUCGAGAUUCAAAUGGCUGAGUUCAAGACAGCUGACCGAUCUCGGGAGGAACCGUUGAUCCCCCUGCCCUCGGUGGAGCGAUGGAAGAAGUUUCACUGCCAGCCCUUAGAGGAUCAGUUGGAAUUCUGCGAUUUCCGCCCUCGGGUGGACUUGUCAGAUAAUUUGAGAGUAGGCUAUUUUUCAACAGAUCGUGCUACUCAAACAGACAUCUCUGAAGUUUUGGAAUUAAGACAGCUAAGUUAUACAACACAAAAACUAGCCAAGCUUACUGAUGUUCUUCAGCAAGAUUUUAAAUACCUCAAAUUAUACCUUGAGAUGCAGUUUCAGGACCAGUUGAAAGAAGAAUCCAUGAAACUUUACCAAAAACUACAAAUGAUUAUUCAAGAAGUAGUAAAUCUUCAUGAAAAGAAUGAAGACACAAUGAGAAAAAGCUUCUAUAAGCAGUUAUGUGAUGCCAUUGCUUCUAUCAGAGGAACCUAUUCGCAAUUCUUUUCAGUAGAUGAAGAUCUUUCACAUAUGCCCACAGUGAGUAUGAAAGUUUUCAAACAAAGGAUUUUGGAGAAAAAUGAUUUAAUAAAAGAAUUACAAGACAAAUUAGCGACCUGCAAAGAUAAUGAGUGGCGCAAAUGGGAAUCUAUAUUGGACGAAAGCACUGAGAGAAUGGCAUAUCUAGCAAAGGAGGUAGGCGACCUCAGAAAAGAAAAUGAGAGACUGACAAAGCUCAUUUCGGGACUUGAAGAGGACGCUCAAGUCUGUGAAAAGGCAAAUACACUCUUAGAAGGUGAAGUUAAGACUUUGAAACAAAAAAUGGAUAGGGAUCAGAAAAUUAUUCAAAAGUUAACCUUAAUGAAACAACAUUUAAGUGAAAUUCUUGAAGAAGAGAAAAAGGCAAUUCUAGACAUGUAUGACAUACAAAAGGAAGAUUUAGAAGAAACAAGACUGUUCUUAGAAGCUGAAAGCUCUGAAAGUAUCAAGGAGGAGCUGCUAAGGGAAGAAGCGGAAGAAACAAAGUCCUUGGAAGAUCAAGAAUCUUUUAUCAUCAAGGAAGAAGAUGUGUCCCCUGAAGAAUCUAUAAAGUCCAUCUCCGAUGAAAAGCCACUUACACGCAGCCCCACCAUGUCCCCUGAAGAAUCUAUAAAGUCCAUCUCCGAUGAAAAGCCACUUAUACGCAGCCCCACCAUGUCCCCUGAAGAAACUAUAAAGUCCAUCUACGAUGAAAAGCCACUUAUACGCAGGAGGACCACCUUGCCAAAAACUUUGAUGAGAAAACUAACUGCUAUACCACUAAGUUUAAUGAGAGAAAAAGUACCAUUAAGCAAACUUGAACAAGAAAAACUAGAGAUGGAAGAUGUACUAUGGAGAGAAACAGAAGACAGUAAACAGCCAUUGGCAUAUCAAAUCUCAAAACUGAAGAGAAUUUUGGAAAUGCAGAAAAAAUACUUAAGAUGCAUUCAACUGGAAUCUGAUCAAGAAAUCAAAAUGUGGGAAAGGAAAUACUUAAUUCUAAGGAACAGUUACCAUGCCCUCAAGAAUGAGAUGUUUACUAGACAGUCAGUGGUUCGCCAAUUUGUAACGCUUUCCGAGACAUCCUUCAAUUAUAAUAAAGCAAAGCCCUUAUAUAUACAGCCAAUACAGGGCCAAGCAGUGAAAGAAAAGUCAUAUCAACCUACAGUUUUGUCUCGUCUAGAUGGUAGUAGUCAUUCUCAAAGCAGUGAAGACUUUUACCUUUCAAUGCCCACUACAUCAAGAGAGGUGAUUUCAGAAGGAGAGGAAGACCAUGAGAUGGAAUUCAGAUAAUAACCAAAACUGCAAUGACAACUUAAAAGACAAAAAGCAGAAUACCAGGAGAAGAUAAAUUCAUCGAGAAGGCCUUGACUUUGCCUUGUUCCAGAUAACCAAUUUUUUCUGUUUGCAAAUAAACUGUUUAACCUUUGCCCCUUCCCCCCUCCCAGAUUAUGCCUGGGAUUAAGUUCCUGUAGUUAAGAGGAAGCUCUUCGGCUCUCCUCAUCAACCCUCAAUAAAUUAUUUCCUCAAA